GCAUGCUGUGUCGAGUACAGAACCUCUUCUCACCUGCCUAUUUUGUGCAGUUCAGUGUUAGCGGGCUGGUCAUCUGCGCUUCGGCUUAUCAGGUAGCCUCGAUGCUCAAUCUAAACGACUUCAGCAAACUGAUGAACGUGUUCUACAUGAUGUCGAUGACGAUGCAGAUCGGACUGCCGUGUUACUAUGGCAACGAAGUAACACUCAAAAGCUACGCCCUUACGAAUGCCAUCUACUCCUCGCGCUGGUACGACAUGCCGCAAAGCAACAGGAAAAGCGUGCAAAUGUUUCUCGUGCGCACCAACAAACCGUUCGCAGUGGCUGCGUUUGGUUAUUUCAACUUUAACUUGCCCGCAUUUACAACGAUUUUAAAUAUGGCAUAUUCCGUGUACUGUGUGCUGCAGCGUAAAGCAAAAAAUGUGUAAAAGUGCAUAAACAUAUGCCGAUUUAAUUAUUACUCAAUUGUCUCUAAAUUAACCAUGAUUGAAACUGUUCAACUGUUGAAUGAUGUAAGUGUUUUUGAAAUUUAAAAUUAUUAUCGCAUUGCACUUAGGAACACUUGC